UAGUUUUGUAAUUUCACAAAAGACCACACAGAUCACACUAAAAAACUGUAAAACGAUUCGAAUUCGAAUCCAAUUAGAUAUUUUUUGACAAUGUCGGCGACGUCACAGGUCGCCGCCGGGGCUCUAUCAGCCCACGAUCGCCAGAUUUUGACGGCAGUUAACGCCGGAGCAGCUUCACUUUCCUUCGUCGGCUCCAGCUUCAUAGUCCUCUGCUACGUACUCUUCAAAGAGCUCCGAAAGUUCUCCUUCAAGCUCGUCUUCUACCUCGCCAUUUCUGAUAUGCUAUGCAGCUUCUUCACCAUGGUUGGGGAUCCGUCGAAAGGAUUCUUUUGCUAUGCUCAGGGUUACAGUACACAUUUCUUUUGUGUGGCAUCUUUCCUAUGGACUACAACAAUAGCAUUUACUCUUCACCGUACUGUUGUUCGGCACAAAACUGAUGUUGAAGAUUUAGAGGCCAUCUUUCACUUGUAUGUUUGGGGGACUUCACUGGUUAUGACUGUCAUACGCUCGUUUGGUAAUAACCACGGACACUUAGGCGCAUGGUGCUCGACACAAACAAGCACUGGAAAGGUGGUUCACUUCAUAACAUUUUACCUACCGCUCUGGGGUGCAAUUCUUUACAACGGUUUUACAUAUUUUCAAGUGAUACGCAUGUUAAACAAUGCAACUCGUAUGGCUGUGGGCAUGUCUGACCGAGGAUAUCACACAGAGGCAAGACCAGACAUGAAGGUUUUAAAUCGGUGGGGAUACUAUCCACUUAUUCUGAUAGGAUCAUGGGCAUUUGCCACAAUAAACCGCAUUCAUGACUUCAUCGAGCCAGGUCAUAAAAUAUUUUGGCUUUCGGUGCUUGAUGUUGGCACUGCGUCUCUUAUGGGCCUUUUUAACUCAAUCGCAUAUGGCCUAAACUCAUCGGUUCGAAGGGCAAUUUAUGAAAGAUUGGAUCUAUUCUGGCCAGAUAAACUUCGAAGGUGGUUACCGUACAGUUCAAAGUACAGAAACCAACAACAACAACAACAUCAAGAGAGUGAAUUAGUGGCACUGAAAAGUCAAGAUCAGCAAUAGCUCAAUGAAAAGGACUAAUUUUGGAUCUCAUUCUUUCACUAACUGUCUCUAAAGGUACCUUUUUGCCAUCAUCAUGCUCUCUUUGCCCAAAAUUUGACAAAAACCCAACUCUGCUGCUGAUGAUCAAAUCAAAAGGUUCUGAAAUAUUUUUCUUCUCUUUGUUGCCAAAUUUGGGAGAGAAAAGGGUCUAUAGAUCGUGCUGAUCUGACUUCUGUAGUUCACAUGUAGAAAAGUGAUAAAUGCUUAGUCUGAGUGUACCUUGAUUUGCUCCCCCACUUUUUUUCCCCUUUGUGUAUAUUGAUUUUUUGUGGUCCUUUAACAUAAAAAGCAUAACUCUUCCCUUUCUGGUGUUUUACACAACUCUAUAUAGGUGGAUUUAUUUGGUCCAUCAUCAAAACACUCACAAGUUCACACACAUCGGUUUUGCAAAAAUCAUGGUUUGUAGGCUACCGAGCCAUGAGCACGCAAUACACCUCGUUUGGUUGGCAGCCUGCAAUGCUAGAGUUUGUCAUUUGCAGGCUACCAAUCAUAGAGGGAGAGCCGUAUAGCCCGAACAAAGCUUGUCGUUUGCAGGCUACCAAGAGUCAUAUGGCUAGGGCAAAAUUUGCCAUUUGCAAGUUACCAAGAGUCAUAUGGCUCGGCCAAAAUCUUUAGUUUGUAGGCUAAGAGUCACGUGCCUCGAGUAGAACUUGUCAUUUGCAGGUUCUAUUUACUUUGACAUUUUUUAAUUUUUUUUAUAGUCGUGUACAUUAAAAUUAUUUAAAGCAUCUCCAGUAAAAGAAUCACCUGGCUUGAACAAAUCUCUAGGUUGUGUUGGCUAAGAGCCAAUUGCCUCAGGAGACAUGUGGUUCGAGCGAAAAACCCAUUGUUAGCGUAGGAUAUGAAUUAGAUUAGCUAUUUUGAUCCGAUUCGAUAUGAGUAUCUGUUCUAGCUGAGCGGGAUAGAUCCUUACAUGAUCUGGAUCAAGAUCCGACCCGAUCCAUUUACAUUCCUACCCGAGAGCCACGUGGCUUAGAAUAGCUAAUCUAAUUCAUAUCCAAAGUCUAAUUGUAUGAAACAAAGAAAAAAAGAUGACAAAACAAAAUGUAGAACUCAAGUCUCAUAAAAUGAUUGAAAAACUAGAAUUGAAUUGGAUAAUAUUGAAUUAUUUAUCAUCAUCGUCAAGCUUUGAACUUCAUAAACUUUUCUCAUCAAAUUUUAUUUAUAUUAUUAUUAUUAUCAUUUAUUUCAUCCUCAUAUAUCAAAGGCUCACCUUUCAAUGCUGAUCCUCAAUUGUUUGUUUCCAUUUGUGAAAAAAAUCUCAACAUCGUAACGGUUGAAUCAGAGACUCUCUCCUUUUCCCGAGAACCAAACAGAAAAUUAGAGAGAAAACAACAAUAAUAACAACAACAACAAUUUACACAGCUCUUGAAUUGUAAAUUUACAUCAGAUUAAAAAAAAAAAACAAUCAGUAAUUCAGUAUUCGUAAUCUCUGAAUAUUAUCCUUUUCUCCAGUUCGAACAUUUCUAAUUCUGCUAUUUCCUUUCAACAUUUCCCGAGAACCAAACAGAAUCAUGAAAAACUUUCAAUUAUAAAUUUACAAUAAAAUUAAAAUGGAAAUCGAAAAUGAGAACCGUAUGAUAAAAAUCAAGCACAAGCACAAGGAUUAUCAACGAUGAGAGUAACAUCAUCAUCAGCAGUACGAAAGACGAAGCAACCAAUAGUGAGUCCCAAAACGAUCGCAACAAAAACUCCACCAUUAAAAGACAUGAUCGCCAACAUAAGAAGGUAACCGAUCGCCGAGUUAACUCCAAACAGCAAAGCUCCGGCCAGUCUGGCGAUCGACCACUUACCGGCGAUACUCUUUCGGAGAAGAGGAGUUUGAGAAGAUGAGUCGAUCUGAUUCUGAUCCGAUGAUGAAGAAGAAGGUUUUCCGGCGGAAGCGAUCUUGAGACGAAGGCGGAGAUCUUCGAGGUACUGAUAGAAGGCGGAGACGAUGAAGCAAGCGAGUAAGGAGAGAGCGUAGCCAGUGAAGGUGGAUGUGCGCCACGUGUCGAUCAGGAGAGUCAUCUCCUUGCUCCAGUAGAAAGUCAUAUGCAUCAUCUUCGAGCUUUUUUUUUAGAGAGAGAAACAAUGGAGGAGUUUGGGGAAUAUCUGAGUUGGGGUUUUUAGAGAGAGAAAAGAAAAUGUUAAUUUGCAGAAAAUAAU